CAUUUACAGUAAUUACUCUCUCUCUCUCUCUCUAAACCCUUAAUUAGAAUCGGAAUAUCAGAAGAAUCGCACAAGCUCCGGCAAAUUUAUUUAUUUAAUUUUUGUUUUUUGAAAGAAGAGAAGAACGGGGACCCUUCAAAUUGUAUCCCACCAGAAAAAAUGGGGGGAAAAAGAGAAACCCCAUGCCAAUCAACAUUUCCUUGUUCUGCAGGAGAAGACCGAAAUUGAAAUCGAGCCCUUCUGAAUUGGGGGAAAAUUGAAAAAAAAAAACUUGAUGCUGUGUGAUUGUACGGGAGAACAGAGUGGAGAAGGGGAUACUUGGGGGAAAAUGACUGCGCGCGUGAAUGGCAGUGUUGGUAGUGAGAAUAGUAGGGAGGUGUUGGUGGAGAGGCAGACGGGAGCAUCGAUGAUGGAGCAGCUUGUACCGGAGAUAACUACGCAUGCCCUCAGUUACUUGGAUUUUCCGAGCCUCUGCCGCCUCUCCAUGACAAACUCACUCAUGCGUAAAGCUGCCAACGAUGAUAACGCGUGGAAGGCACUCUAUCAUAAGGAUUUCACUAUCGAACAAGAUAAUCUGAGACCACCCAACGGAUGGAAAGCUUAUUACGCUGCUACAAGAGCCAUUGUUAAUAUCAACACCGAGUUUUUUACAUUAGUCAAAAAUAGGUCUCUCACAGCUAUGUCACAGUUUUGGCUUAAUGCAGAUUACGUCAAGUGUUUUCAUCCAACCGGCGAGUCAUUUACUGGUUACAACGCUGUAAUGCAGAGCUGGCAGAUAGAAUUCGGGUGGGAAAAUGUAGUGGAUUUCGAAAUAAGAGAUGUAAAGGCUCGUGUAAUGGCAGAUAUGGCUUGGGUUACCAUGAAUGCUUACGAUAUAGAGACCGGGCCCCACAACGUGACUAAUAUAUACGAGAACCAUAACGGACGAUGGUACAUGGUGCACCAUCAUAUCUCCCCUGUUCUCAUCCACGGAGGAGUCCAGCCCCUUCUUUAAGGUUUAAUUAUAGUUAGUUAAGGCAUUACUCGUAAGCGAUCUUCAAAACCUCGGAUUUUUAGCUUAUCUGGUAAUUAACAAAGAUGUCUAUGCUCAAAUUUUUUUUUUAUAUAUACACACAGUUGAAGUUUCUUUUUGCC